GAGGAAGAAAGACAGUAACGGCUACUUUUUCCUCUUGGUUUAUUAUACAGCUUUUCUCAUUCUUCCGCAUUGAUCAAAUCCUUUAGUCAUCAGCUUCAUCACCACUCACUUCUCUCUCAAAUAGACUUUCACAUUCUUCUGGGCACAGAACUUUGGAUCUAAGUACACACACAAAGAGGUGAGAAAAAAGAUGAACGACCUAAUGACGAAAUCGUUCAUGAGUUACGUUGACCUAAAAAAAGCAGCGAUGAAGGAUUUGGAAGCAGGACCAGACUUUGAUCUCGAAAUGGCAAACAAGACGGACGAGAAUCUUUCUUCUUUCUUAGAAGAAGCAGAGAAUGUGAAAGCUGAAAUGUCACUGAUCGGCGAGACGCUUUCCCGGAUCGAGCAGUACAACGAAGAGAGUAAAGGUGUGCACAAGGCAGAGUCCGUGAAAUCUCUGCGUCACAAGAUCUCCAAUGAGAUUGUGUCCGGUCUAAGGAAGGCCAAAUCGAUCAAAUCGAAGCUGGAAGAGAUGGAUAGAGCCAACAGAGAGAUCAAAAGGCUCUCCGGAACUCCGGUUUACAGGAGUAGAAUCGCCGUGACCAACGGGCUGAGGAAGAAGCUAAAGGAAGUGAUGAUGGAGUUUCAAGGGCUGAGACAAAGGAUGAUGAGUGAGUACAAGGAGACUGUUGAAAGAAGGUACUUCACUGUCACUGGAGAGUAUCCAGAUGAAGAGAUGAUUGAGAAGAUCAUCACUGAUAACACAGGAGGGGAAGAGUUUCUCACACGAGCGAUCCAGGAACACGGAAGAGGAAAGGUCCUUGAAACAGUAGUUGAGAUUCAAGACAGGUACGAUGCGGCCAAGGAGAUAGAGAAGAGUCUGUUAGAGCUUCACCAGGUGUUUUUGGAUAUGGCUGUGAUGGUUGAAGCGCAAGGUGAACAGAUGGAUGAGAUCGAACAUCAUGUGAUGAACGCGAGCCAUUACGUGAAAGAUGGUGCUAACGAGCUCAAGACCGCAAAGAAUCAUCAAAGAAACAGUAGAAAAUGGAUGUGCAUUGGUAUCAUUGUGCUGCUCUUGAUCAUUCUUAUUGUUGUCAUCCCAAUCAUUACCAGUUUCACCUCUUCUUGAGAUACCCAUUUGUUACCACUUUUGUAUUUCUUUAGCCCCAAAAAAAAGGAUGUCUUAAUCCUUUCGUGUUCUGUAUCCAACUGUUAUUGAAUGAAGAAUGUUUUUACAAA